GAACUAAUUCAGCUGCUUUUGAAGUGAAAAUUUCUACCAGUUCGUACUUCGGGAGUACAGAGCGAGGACCUGCAGACAGGCGCACACAAGGCGCAGCGCUCAUGGUGCAAGACGCAGCCACGGAUCUGCGAUAACCUCGCACGGUCUCCUUCCAGCUGCCGCGCCUUGCUCCUUUACUACCAGGAUUACCUAUUAUUGAACCGUUUUACGAUUUUUCCCUUUUUUUCCCUGAGAGAGAGGCUCGAUGCUUUUUUGAUUUUCUUAAUGAAUCUGACGAAAGCAUCGCCGUUUCAUUUCCUGACAAUUGGGACAUGAUCACGUCGCCCUCGGCGUCUGCCUUGAAAAAUAGUGAUAUUUGUGUAGCCUGGGAAAGCAGCAGUUCUCGGAAUAGCAGCUCGGCGAGCAUCAACAAGCCUUUUCUCCACUCCGCACCUCCGUUUGAUCCACUACGGCAAGCUAACCGACUUCCCAUCAAGGUUUUGAAAAUGCUUACCGCACGGUCGGGACACAUUUUGCACCCGGAGUAUCUGCAGCCUUUGCCUUCUACCCCGGUUAGUCCCAUCGAGCUAGAUGCCAAGAAAAGUCCGUUGGCUCUGUUGGCGCAGACCUGCUCUCAGAUCGGCAAACCGGACCCACCACCCUCCUCCAAAUUAUCUUCCGUAACACCAAAUGGAUCUAGUGAGAAGGAAUCUAAAUCCGGUCCUUUGAAAUUGAGUGACAUCGGUGUGGAUGACAAAUCUAGCUUCAAACCUUAUUCUAAACCUUCAGAUAAGAAGGACUCGUCUUCGGGCGUCUCGGGCGGAGAGAAGUCUGGUUUCCGAGUGCCGAGCGCCACCUGCCAGCCGUUUACGCCGCGGACAGGCAGCCCCAACUCCAGCACUUCAGCCUCCCCUAUGCCAUCAGAGGGGAAAUGUGGGGACAGGGAUGAAAAGAAAGAGUCUGAUUGUAAUAAAAAUGGCACUACGGACGGGUCUGGCACCACGAGCCACAGCAGGAUAAGCGUGAGUUGUGGUGGAAUUAACGUGGAGGUCAACCAACACCAGGAGACGACGCCUGGCACUAAAACCACCUCCUCUUCGGAGUCCUCAUCUGUAACUUCUGUAUCCUCCGCAUCCGUUCUCGGGUCAGGACUUGUGGCGCCGGUUUCUCCUUACAAACCGGGGCAGACAGUUUUCCCUCUGCCUCCUGCUGGCAUGACCUAUCCAGGUAGCUUGGCUGGGGCCUAUGCUGGUUACCCUCAACACUUCCUGCCCCACGGAGGGAGUUUGGUAAACGCACAGCUGGCUAGUUCACUGGGCUGCAGUAAGGCUGGAUCCAGUCCUUUGGCUGGGGCUUCUCCACCGUCCAUCAUGUCAGCCAGUCUGUGCAGAGACCCUUACUGCCUCAGUUACCAUUGUGCCAGUCACUUAGCGGGCGCAGCCAGUGCUUCCUGCACGCACGACUCUGCAGCUGCAGCGGCCGCUAACGCACUCAAGUCCAGCUACCCACUAAUGUACCCGACACACCCCAUACACGGCGUUCACUCCUCGGCGCCAUCAUUUAGCGGACACCCCCUCUACCCAUAUGGUUUCAUGCUCCCCAACGACCCUCUCCCCCAUGUUUGUAAUUGGGUGUCGGCAAAUGGACCGUGCGACAAGCGUUUCUCCACCUCGGAAGAGCUCCUGAAUCACCUGAGGACACACACUGCUUUUACCGGGGCUGAGAAGUUGAUAUCUGGUUAUCCCGGGUCUUCAUCACUGGCCAGCGCUGCAGCAGCGGCCAUGGCCUGCCAUAUGCACAUGCCACCGUCAGGAGCCCCCGGGAGCCCCGGGACUUUGGCUCUCAGGAGCCCGCAUCACGCGUUAGGACUCAGUAGCCGCUACCAUCCGUACUCCAAAAGUCCCCUGCCAACCCCUGGUGCCCCUGUUCCCGUCCCCGCAGCCACCGGCCCUUACUACUCCCCUUAUGCACUGUAUGGCCAGAGACUCACCACAGCAUCAGCGCUUGGAUACCAGUGAGGAAAACUGACUUUGAAAAGUUUAUAGUACUAAGAAUGCAAAUAUAAAGACUUUUAUAUUAACAACGCUAAAACUUAUGGGCGGGAUCCGUGGACUUCAACUGUAUUUAUUUAUAUGUCGGCUUAAAAGCAGGCGAGAAAAGCUGCAAAUGGAAAAAUAUUUGAGCAACUCAAAAAGUGCAUUAUGUUGAAACUGAACUCUAUAGGUAAAGUGAAAACACACACGUUAGAGUACUAAUUAAAAGUAGGGGUCUUCAUUUCGAUGUUAAUUUGAAAUUGCUAUGAUUGUAUUUGUUCUUAUUUAAUGUCUCAUUGAGAAGAAAAUAAUUUACAUGCAUGUUUGUUUCUUAAAUUACAAAAAAAAAAGAAAAAAAAAGAAAAAAAUUGUCCACAUUUUAAAUUGCCGUUAUUUUUCAGGUGUACACCUUGGACAGAGAAUUGGUAUUUUUUUGUAUGUAUUCUGGAAAAAAAAAAUAAGAAACAAUUCUGUUCCAUAUCUCCGUGUGCCUCAUUUUCUGAAGUCUUAACAUUAUUCACUUUGAAAUAACACUCAGAUUUAUUUUACAUGGACAUUUUAAAAAUAUUUGGCCCGUUAAAUUUAUGGGGUUAAGAAAAUCUCAUUUGAUCAUUUCCGCGACAUAGGCCUGUGGAUUGUUCAGGCUGUCAUACUUUCUAAAACAGUUCAUUGCUGUCACAUGAGGACAUUUGGACUAUUGGUUCAUCUGAUCUUUCUUUUUCUCCUAUAUUUCUAGCUCUGAUAUUACUUCUGUGCCAAAUGAUGGAGAAGCUUUAAAAGUUUACUUUAAUCAGAGCACACUGCUAUAAAGUUUAAAUUAAAUUCAACUUGAACGAG